AUGGACGGACUGGCGUUGGAUAUAGCUGAGAGAUUUCCACAUCUACGUACGAGGAGAAACGUAGCUGGUGUGAGUCCCCUGCAACUUAUGGUGACAAUUCCAGGAGCAUUCAAGAGUGAAAUGGAAUUUGGACCGUUGGAAUCCUUCGUCUAUAAGUGUAUCCCUCUUUAUGAUGAUGGAGAGCGGGCUGCGUCCUUCGCUAUCAAAGAUGAUUACCCGGACAUGAUUGAUGGUGUGCAGCCUGUAACUGAUCAAAACGAUCACGACGAGGAGAACCCACAGCUUCAAAAGACAAAAAGCUUUCCUCCAAACUACGCCACAAUGUUUAAACUGUUAAAAUUGGCUAAAAUUCCAGUUUUCCCUACAAUAAAGUACUUGGAGCAGCAAAAAAGAAACCAUAAAGAAACAUUGGCGCUCAUCGAGUGUUUGGCAGAGGAUGCAGAUUACUGGGAUUUCAUCGGCAAGGGGAUGACAGGCCAAGUGGAUAAAAGCACAAGUUUCAGCGCCCACAAACCUAUAGUGGACGACGAAUAUGAUAAAUUUGUGUAUGCUGAUGAAGUUUUCCCCACAAUAAAGUACUUAAAUCAGGUAAAAAGAAACCAUAAAAAAACCAUGGCGCUCAUCAAGAUACAUGAUGAGUCUGACGAAGAGCAGGAGAGCUUCGACGCUCGCCUACUGCGCUGGAACGACUCGCCGCUGAUAAUCGGCGCCAAGAUGGGGCUCUACGAAUUCGUCGAGAAGAUCUUGGAGGUCUACCCGCAGUCCGUCAGCAUCCUGGACGUCCAAGGAAAGAAUAUAAUUCAGGUGGCCAUUUCGCUCGGCAACCAGAAGAUUUUUGAGUUGGUGAAAUCAAAACUUACAGGCAGAAAUGCCGUGUUUCCUUCACGACUACUGUACGCCAGAGACAACAAGAAAAACACCAUUCUCCACUACGCCGCCGAAGUCACGGUCGAUGUGGAAGUGGUCGGCGCUCUUCAGAUGCAGAAAGAUCUGCAGUGGUUUGAAAAAGUAGAGACAUUGAUUCCCAGGGACCUUCAGUACAGCCGCAACAUGGAGGAGAUGACCGCGCAGGAGUGCUUCUCAGAGAACCACAAGAAUAUGGCAAGGAAAGGCAAGGAACAGCUCACCCAGCUGGGGCAGACUUGCGCCAGCCUCGUGGCAGCAUUCGUCUUUGCUUCGAGUAUUUCCAUUCCUGGUUCCGACGACAGCGGAGGCGGCGGCAAUAUCUACAGCAAGACGGCAUUUAUUGUGUUCAAGAACGCAUUCGUGUUCGGGUUAUCCUGCGCCGCAACGGCGCUGGUUCUGUUCUUGUCUUUGGUUACCUCGUCGUACAGAGAGCGCGAGUUCCGGCGUUCAAUCCCGACCAAGCUCUUCUUCGCGGUUUUAUCAUUCGUUCUGGCCCUAAUUUCCCUCCUCGUGGCCUUCGCCUGUAAUAUCUUUUUACAGAUUUACAACGGGAGGAGGACAGGUGCAAAGGAACUCAUUCCGUUCGUGUGCGAGCUGACCGUCUUCCCGGCCUUCGUGUGGUUUCUGCUGAUGUACCGUGGUUGCUCCUUCGGCAUCAUUUCGCUCUUUAAGCAGGUAUGGCGUUAG